AUGCAACGGGGUCCGACCCACGAAGAAAUCCGCGACAUCGCGCGAAAUGCCAUCGUGGUCUUCGAGAGACACGGCCUGGCAUGUUGCCUGACCGGCGGUACAGCAUCUGCGCUGUACGGGACUACCAGAACUCCGAAUGACGUGGAUCUGGUCGUGUUGACGGCGGCGUACGGGCAGGAGACCCUGAAACGAAUGCUUGUCAUGGCCGAUCCCGACUUCUACACCUUGGCAGCGAAGGACCUAAAUGCUGCGUAUCGAGUUCUCUGGUGCAAGGUUCCUACGCGGUACACCUAUGGACGUGAGCGUCGGUGCAAGGUCGACGUGCUCAUACCGGGCGUGAUGAAUAUCCCGGACGUGCCAAGAGAUCGCAUCAGCCGCAUAUCCGGACUACCCGUCAUGCCGCUCGACCUGCUCUUCUUUCUGAAAUUACAGAGCUGGACCGAUCAUCGGGACUCACCGCAAUAUUGGAAGGUCUCGAAGCAAUACGACGACAGCAGGGAUAUCGAGGAGCUUCUGCUGAUCUUGAAGAAGCGAGGCGUCAGCAUCAGGAGGAGUGGAGUCGCAUGGCUAUCCGAGGCAUUCGUGGCGGCUGGCAGAGGACGUAUGGCGCAAUAUGUUAGAGCAUACCCGAGCUCGAGGACGAAAUGGGAGGAACUCGGUCUCAGGUUCAAGUGA